AUAAUAUUUUUUUGUAGAAAGUUUACUGUGCUUGUACAGUAACAACUUUAGACAGUUUAUAGUGUAAUGGAUUUAACCAUUUGUAUUCCCAUUGUAUACAAUGUAUCUAUACAUUAAAUCUAACUUGCAUAUGAAUGUGCUCUUGGGGCAAGCCAUAAUGAAAUAGUAGUAUAAUGGAAUUAAUAACUUGGCCAAAUUUCCAUACGAAUAUCUCAUAUCCCAUAGAAAUAUUUAUCCAUAUUUUCUGUCCCGGUUCAGUUUUCCCAAAAUGCCUUAUUUAAUACGCUGUCCUCUACAUAAGACAUUUAUACCCAAUUAUACCCAACAUUGAAAAAGUAAUUUCAAUUUGAAACCCCAUAAUAUUUUUGAGAUGUUUAUGACAAAAAAACUGAAAUAGGAAGAUUUAAAUGAUAAUUAGAAAAUACUAUUGUAUUUCCCUAAGAGGGCUAGAUUUGAUCUUUCUCUCAAUAUAAUUCAUAUUUAAAACUUAACUUUAAAACCCUGGGACAUAUAAGUUGUCAGAAACUUCACAAAAAUAUAAUGACCUCUACAGAGGACAAACGUCUAUUUAGGAUCCCAGGAGGAUAUUAAACUACAAUGUUAAAACCACAAACGAAACGUUUAUUGAAUAUAGAGUAUAAAAAUAAAGGUUUAACAGGAGAACAUAGAAACUUAUCACAAAAUCUACAUCUGAGAAAGGAAUGCAUUUGCUCUACAUUUUCUAACCCAUGGGCAACACGGUCUGUCACAACAACACCCAGCAACAACCAAUCAAAGAGAAGGGCGGGCUGUCGAUUCGCUAGCCAAUCGUCGGCGUCUACAUGAAAACCAGCAGCCAAUGAGAACCCAGAAUUUUGGGCGGACUAUUUGAACGCUACAUCUUCGAGCGAUCCGGUUGGUCCGUUAGACUGUCAAUAUUUAAAUACACAGAUCGCUUUAAAACUACGCUUGUAUGUUUUAAAAACAUUAUACAUUUGAAACCGUUAUGGCAUAACGUUAACACAAUAUAAAACACACUCAACUACACACUGAAAUGGUAAGAGUAGCCUUUCUAAAACGAACAAAACCAUCUAAACAGAGCGAUUUACGUUUCCUACGUGACAGGCCCUGGGGGCGGAGCCACACUCAACAUCAACAAAAGGAAAAGGGAAGCAGCGAAAACAGACGAAAGAUUCUCGGAUACACGAACCCAAUAUGUCCUUUUAACAUACCUGGUGUUUUGACAACUUGAAACACACAAAGUGAAAAUAUGGAGGCCAUCAAACUGAUGAAGGAGCUGAAGAGCAAUUUGGACCAGGAGGUUCAUUAUCUGCCAAAGGAAACUGGUCUCAGUUUGAUCGAAUCCACACAAGAGAAUGGUACUGGAGUUUCAGCCAAAUGUCGAGAUGCUCGAGUGGAAGAUCUCUGGAGCUUGACCAGUUUCUUCGGUUACAGCACUCAGACCUUUGUACUAGCCAUUAACCUGCUGGACAGGUUUAUAGCUAUGAUGAAGGUUCAGCCCAGAUAUUUGGCAUGCAUCAGCAUCGGUUGCCUUCACAUCGCCGCCCGAGUGACCGAAGAAGAGUGCAAGGUUUCAUCCAGCCAUGAACUCAUUCGCAUCAGCCAGUGCAAGUUCACAGUCUCAGACCUCAAUCGAAUGGAGAAGAUCAUUUCGGAGAAACUCAACUUCCAAUUGAAAGCUGUCACAGCCUUAACCUUCCUGCAUUUGUACCACGCCAUUGCACUUUCGCACACGUCCAACAGAAAAGACGUCCUGAAUCUUGACAAACUGGAAGCCCAGCUGAAAGCCUGCCUAUGCAGAAUUGUUUUCUCCAAAGCAAAACCUUCCGUGCUUGCUUUGUCGCUGUUGAUGCUUGAGAUUGAGGCCUUACAGUCUGUGGAACUGCUAGAAAUCGCCCAGCGCAUACAAACACACCUGAAGAUCUCGAAGGCUGACCUGGCGCACUGGCGAGGUCUGGUAGGCCAGUGCAUGAGGGAAUACUCCUCUCCAGAAUGUGCCAAACCUGACCACAAGAAACUGGUGUGGAUCGUCUCACGGAGGACGGCCCAGAACCUGCACAGCAGCUACCGCAGCGUCCCCGAGCUGCCCACCAUCCCAGAGGACGCGUGGGACGAGAGCGAGAGUGAGGAUUCAAGUGAAGACCUGAGCUCUGGGGAAGAGAGUCUGAGCAGCUCGCUGGGCAGCGAUGCCGAGGGACACUACUUCCCCUCCAACUUCCGCUCCCGUGCCCGCAGACAGUAAUACGCUCUAAACCACUCGUCAAGGAGCACAACCGCCAACGGAGAUGUGUCCUCCUCCUCCACCAGCCAAUGAUCUGAACGGCUUCCUUGUCAUCUUCCAAGAUGAUGCAGAUCACAGACCUCUUCUGGCUGGAAACCUAAUAGUUAUACAGCAAGGUGCCAUUGUGCCUGGGUUCAAUGAAACCACUGAGUCCAAAAUAUCAGAAUUGUAUUUUAAAAACUCUUCUUUUAUGGCUUUACAGAAAGCCAGUCCAGAUACUGUAAACAUUUCUCAUGAUUACUUGUGUUAAGCUCAAAGUAAAAUAAUUCAGCCUGCACAACACUGGCAGCUAAAAAACUAAAAAAAAAAAAUAAAUAAGUAGCAUAGAUAGCGUUUGUAGAAGUUGGUGCAUGUUUGGAUUUGUCAACAUUCCAGGUUUGCUCAAUAUGACAUAUCCAAGGUACACUAGACUGUUAUAGACAACUUGAGACUUGUACUUUGGUGCUUUGCACAGUUUUGUAAUACGAUUGUAAGUGCGUGACAGUGAGAAAGCUGCGUGUCAGCAGGUCAUAUAGUUAGAGAUUUAAUGUGGUGCGCAUUGUUUAUUUUUCGUGUGUGUAUGUGAGUGUGAUGAUGUUAACCUACUUGCCAAUUAAGUAUAAGUUUCACUUUAGCCGAUGUAUGAAGACAAAUACUGUAUGCUGAAAAUGUGCAAACAACAAAAAAAGCCUAAAAACCUUAAAAUGUAAAAAUGUCAAUAUAAAAAAAAUGUAAA